UUAAACUACACGCCCUCAACUGGCAACUCGCCCCGUCCUUUUGUCUCUAUUGUCUUUAUUUGGCUUCUUUUAUUAUGGCACAUGCCAUGCACCCAUCCGGGACCGCAGAAUUGAGAGAGCGAGAAUUGCUCCUCGGCGUUGAGGAACUUGGCUACAAUUAUUAUCAGCCCCCAUAUGUUCCAUACUGUGAUGAUGGAUCUGAGUUUUGGAUGAACGGUGGGAUUAAUAGAUAUGGCGACCAGCUGGAGCUGGUAGACCCUCGUUAUGAGUACCUUGAUUUCAGCACGCAGUUGAACGGUGUUAACCGUUCGGCUACUGAGAUGCUUUCGGGGACUGAUUUUCAGAACAACGAUUACCCUGAGCCCACCGUAGGGGGGUAUUGCUCUACGGACGUCAACCUGGGCGCCAUUCCAAGCACGGGUGUUGCUGAUGGUGCGUCUAUCAGCUUCAACCCGGAUGACUAUGAAGGCGGCUGGGUCCCAGAAAGGCUGUCAUCCUACAGCCCCCAGAGCGCUGUACAGGCAGCCCCCCCAGAAGAAGCCCUGGCACGGCCAGCGCGCUUCGUUCCUAUAAAGCCCGCUCCUGCAAAACCAUCUAGGGCCCCCGUGUCCAAGGCUCGGCCAAGGCCUCCAAAUCGAUCCUGGGUGUGCCAGUUUUGCGAACAAGCUUUCCCGCAUUCUUCCUCGCGGGGCAGACAUGAACGCGAAGUGCAUGGCGGCCCACCACGUGUCCCUGGUCGUCGACGACAAUGA